UCAAAUUGGAUUAAUAUUUUUGUACACACUAAAAUUUCGUAAAAUUAUAAUGUUACGACUUCUUCAAAAUUUGGAACUGAAAAUAUCUAGUAGGCAUACAAAUUUAUGGCACAAAAUUCAAUACAAAAAAUAUUUAUGUUAUCAGUGUGGUGUCAGGUUUUAUAGUCACAAACCGAAAACACAAAAUUGUGAUAGGACUUUUCUUAAUAGAAAUAGGGCAUUUCAUUUUAAAUUAAGGUAUUACACUAGCCAGAUAGAUGCACAAAAAAAUGAAGAACCCAUUGAAAAUGUAAAAAAUAAAACCACAUUAGUCACGGGCAAGAAAAUUAAUGUAAAAUUAAAAACUUCAGAACUAAAACGAUUACUUGGACUGGCCGAACCUGAAAAAUGGACAUUAACUGGCGCCAUUGGUUUCCUAAUAGUGUCAUCAAGUGUGACGAUGGCCGUGCCAUUUUCCCUCGGCAAGGUACUUGAUAUAAUAUACAAUAGUACAAGUGACUUAGCUGCUGCUAGAGAAAAGCUCGAUGCAUUAUGUCUGAUGCUCUGUGGGGUAUUCUUAAUAGGAGGCCUGUGUAACUUUGGAAGAGUUUACCUGAUGUCCAUAUCUGGGCAAAGGAUGACCCAGGCUCUCCGGAAACAAGUCUAUGGUGCGAUUUUAAAACAAGAAACGGCGUGGUUUGGAAGAACAUCUACGGGGGAACUAGUUAACAGAUUAUCUGCAGAUACACAGCUUGUGGGCCGUAAUCUCAGUCAAAAUGUUAGCGACGGCCUUAGGUCUUUGUUUAUGGUUGGGGCUGGAACAGGAAUGAUGUUCUACAUGUCGCCUUCAUUGGCUUUGAUCGGACUGUGUGUGGUACCGCCUGUUUCAAUGUUGGCUGUCAUAUAUGGACGGUUCGUCCGUGGGAUCACAAGGGAGUUGCAAGAUUCACUUGCAGAAACGAGCGAACUUGCCGAAGAAAAAAUAUCAAACAUAAAGACUGUGAAAGCAUUUAGCAAGGAGCCAAAGGAAUGCGAAUCUUAUGCAAAGAGGAUUGAAAAUUUACUGAAUUUGGCUUACAAGGAGUCAUUAGCGGUCGGCAGUUUCUACGGUUUGACUGGCCUCGCGGGAAAUACUAUAAUAAUAUUAGUUUUAUAUUACGGAGGAGGCAUGGUGGCGACAGAGCAACUCACAGUCGGUAACUUGACAUCGUUCCUACUGUACGCUGCGUAUGUGGGGAUUAGUAUUGGUGGACUGAGUAGUUUCUACACGGAACUAAAUAAGGGCAUGGGAGCCGCGACCAGACUGUGGGAGAUCAUUGAUAGGGAGCCCAAAAUUCCUGUCACAGGAGGCUUAAUACCGAAAGAGAAACCGAACGGCGAAAUAAUAUUAGAAAAAGUACAUUUCUCCUACAACGAUGCGCCUCUAAUACGAGGACUGGAUCUUCAUUUGAGACCCGGGAAGUCAGUUGCGCUUGUCGGCAGAUCUGGCUGCGGGAAAAGCACCAUAGCAUCGCUUAUAUUGAGACUCUACGACCCGGAUAAGGGCAGAGUUCUACUCGACGGAGUCGACAUACGGGAACUAGAUCCGAUGUGGUUGAGGAGUCUGAUCGGCUACGUUGGUCAAGAACCGGUGUUGUUCAGUGGAACAGUCAAGGAAAAUAUUCUAUACGGAGCUUUAGAUGAAAACGAAGAAGUACAAAAUGAAAAGGACGAGCCGGCGUGGAUGGUGGCAGCCCGCACUGCUCAUCUGCACGAGCUAGUGACCGGCACCCGGCAAGGCUGGGACAGAGAGGUAGGCGCCGGCGGUAGUCAGCUGAGCGGGGGACAGAAACAAAGGGUGGCCAUUGCACGGGCCAUUGUUAAGAAUCCGAAAAUCUUGAUCCUCGACGAAGCCACAUCAGCGCUAGAUACGUAUUCGGAGUACUUAGUUGAUAAAGCUUUAAAAGAGAUCAGUAAGUCUAGAACAGUGUUGACCAUAGCGCACAGGUUGAGCACGAUACAGUCCGCGGACGAGGUCGCUGUGCUCGAGAAUGGAGUGGUAGUCGAGACGGGACCUUACGCCGAGCUGGUAGCCAAACCGGACGGCCUCUUUAGGGAGUUGAUAACGCAUCAAACGUUUACCGCGAAAUCGAGAGACAAAAAGGAUAUGCAGAAAAGUCAAUGAGUUUUAUGUACCUCAUCACAAAAACGUCCAAGCAAGGAUCAAAAUCUGUUGACGGCUACUAAAUCGGUUCCCGGCAUAUUGUCGUUGCAAAUUUAAAAUCUCUUAAGUGACAUUUUUAGCCAAAAUGAUGUUUUCAUAUAUUAUUGAUGAAAGUUAUUUUGAAUACCUAUACUCAGAAAAAACUCUCAUCUGCAUAUCUUUAUUAGGCGUCAAUCUUAAAAAAUCCUAAGUGUCGCGGUUUGCUUUUUAUUGUAGAUCAAAGUAUACUGUGUGCUCAAAAAAAUAUUUGCAUAUAUUUUUUUUUUUCAGGAGGUACUUUUAUUAGAUUUUCUCGAAAACUAUUAUACAUUUAUACACAUAGGAGAUUUCAAAUUUGCAACGACGAUAUGUUAGUUUUUAAAUUAUUUACGUAAUGUUACCCGUUAAUUGUGGCAAUGUGUGUAAACAUGUAACUCGUUAAUUGUGGCAAUGUGUGUAACAUCAUAAUGUCCUUUUUUCACGGUCCGACUCUGCCCGUAUUUUUAGUUUUCAAGUGUAUAUUUUAUUAGAAACGUCUCAUUUACUUGGCUUAGCUGUACGCUUGGGCUAUUUUCAAAUUAAACGUUCGGUUAUUAUGUGGACCAAAUUGUGUUAACGUGGAUAAGAUGGAUAAGCUUAUUAUAAAUUGUCUAUUUUGUUUUUCGAUAAAUUAGUACGUCAUGUUGAAAAAUUUGAAAAGGAAAACUUUGUAUAUUAGCGGAAAGUGUUUGUUGUUUAAUUGUUGAAUUUAUUGUAAUUUUAUUUAAAAUAAAUAUAUAUUAUAUAUUAUUUAACUGUCGAGUGACAAGGGUUAUGGAUAAAUUUACGCAUGGAACAAAUAAAUGGUUGUUGUUUUCGGAAAGUGAAUCGUCAUUUUAAUUAAUUUGAA